CUUCCUUCAGCCGCAGUGACAGCUGAGCCCGAUAGGAAGCGAUCUCUUUGCGGUGCUGGGCCCAGCUCUGGCCUUCUUCUGCCCUCCCCUCCCCUCCUAGGCGGGUUCAGCUCCGCUGGCAGUAUCGGGUUACAGGAGCCACUGCUGUGCCCUGUGCACUAGGAGGUGGGGUGGAGGGGUGGGCAGAGCAGUAGGCACUAGGGCUGGGCACACAUUCGGCAAGGCAGUGGUGGACUGUGUGGAUACACAGUCUGGUAAACCAUGUCUGAUGACUUCGGCUUAUUCUCCUCCGGCGGUGGGGCCCCAGGGCCAGCGGAGGAAGAUCCAGCGGCUGCCUUCCUGGCCCAGCAGGAGAGUGAAAUCGCAGGCAUUGAAAACGAUGAUGAGGGUUUUGGCGGCGCUGAGGGAGCCUUGCAGCAACCGGCAACUGAAAAUGGAACAGGUAUUGAAGACACAGGGACAACAGUCAAUGGAGACAUGUUCCAGGAAGCCAACGGUCCUUCUGACAGCUAUGCUGCUGUAGCCCAGGCAGACAGGCUGAGUCAGGAACCAGAGAGCAUCAGAAAAUGGAGAGAGGAGCAGAAGAAACGGCUGCAAGAGCUGGAUGCGGCUUCUAAGGUGACUGAACAAGAGUGGCGGGAGAAGGCAAAGAGGGACCUGGAAGAAUGGAAUGUGCGACAGAAUGAGCAGGUGGAGAAAAACAAAAUCAGCAACAGGAUCGCUGACAAAGCAUUCUACCAGCAACCAGAUGCAGACAUCAUAGGUUACGUAGCAUCAGAAGAGGCCUUCCUGAAGGAGUCUAAGGAAGAGGUACCUGGCACUGAAUGGGAGAAGGUGGCCCAGCUGUGUGACUUCAACCCCAAGAGCAGCAGGCAGUGCAAGGAUGUAUCCCGCAUGCGUUCUAUGCUCAUCUCCCUGAAGCAAACCCCAUUGUCCCGCUAGGCACCUAUUCAGGGUUACCAAAGAGUAGAGGGUGAGGAGGCUGAGGCAGAGGCCUAAGAAGAAGAGAGGAGGGAAGGAGAAGCAGCUUUGUUUGCUCUGGAAGCCACUCCUCCAAUAGCGACAGCACAAAAUGUUUAGUCAGUUCCCCCUCAUCUUUUGGGGCAAAGGGAGCCCCCUCCCUGGCCUCUUCCUUUCUUCUUAAACUCACCUCCUGAGGUGUCACAUCGACCAUUGGUUUGCCAGGACCAUCGAGUCCCACAGGUCUUUUAUUUUUCUUGGCUUAAAGGUUGUGUUGUUAACUCUUUUUACACUUAUUUAUCAUCAUUCUUGUAUCUUUGGAAGCUACAAUCUAUGUCAGGCUGCCUUUGUAUUAGGUCCUAUCCUACUAUCUAUAUGACCUUUGCAAAGUCCUUUCCUUUUUCUAGGCUUUAGUUUACUCAUCUGUAAGACGAGGGGGUUUCACUAGAUAGCCUCAAGGUCAUUUCUUGCUCUAAAUCAUAUUAGUCUUGCCCAGCUCCAUGACCUUCAAGGACAGUAGAAUCCAAGAGCACAUGUCAGUUACAAUCUGUGGGACCCCAAAAUAGAGCCUUCUCCAGCCCUCACUGGUAUCCCCAGACA